UGAAGGGGAAGACAGAUAUUAAACACAUAGUGACACCCUUGAUAAAUUCAUCACCAUUCAUUGAUUCUACCAACAAUCAUUUCUUGAACAUCCAUGACAUGCCAGGCGCUCUGCUAGGCACUCGAGACUCCUCAGUGAAUAAAACGCACAAAAAUCCCUCCUCUUCUCAAAUGUAAAAUUGUUCUAAGUACUAUAAAAGUGCGGGUUUGUAUAUCUGCCAACUCCUCACACUCAAGGUUUAGAAAGAGCCAACGAUUAAUUACAUUUUCACUUGUCUCCUCCUGGGAAAAACCCCAAUCCUGUUAAGCCCUGAGAAAAGGUGUCAUUGUCUAAAUCCCCCAGUGGCGGCAGGACCUAGGACCCUCUGCCUUCCUCCCCAUCUAUAAAGCAGCUCAGCCUCAAGCCCCAAGUCCUGGGUCAGCCCCUGGCCAGUGAGGAGGUCCCCAGAGGAGGCUGGGCCCAGCCUGGCUAGGGGGGAGCUUCCUGCCUCAGACCCUGCUCCCCUGCCUCAGUCUCCCUUUCCUCCCCUAGUCUCUUCCCUCUUCUCUCUUUCCUUCCUCUUUCACCUCCUUCUCCCCUGCCUUCUUUCGCUUCCUCCUAAGAGGGGACCAUUUCCCCCCAAGACCCAGACACAGCUCUUGCCCCCCCCGAAUGGACAAUGCACUGCAGCUGCCUGGAUGAGGGCAUCCCUGCCAUCACCUCCCGUAACUUCUGGAUCUCAGGUGAGCCUCCGCCAGGUGUCCCAGCUGCGCUCCAGCAGUGCCCCAGAGGCCUCAGGAGCAGUGGGACGGCGCUCACUCCCCUCUCCACCCCAGGCCUGGUCUUCCCCGACUGGGCCUGCAAAGCCGAGUCGUCCCCGGGCUCCCGGCAGAUCCAGCUAUGGCACUUCAUCCUGGAGCUGCUGCAGAAGGAGGAGUUCCGCCAUGUCAUCGCCUGGCAGCAGGGAGAGUACGGGGAGUUUGUCAUCAAGGAUCCAGACGAGGUGGCCCGCCUCUGGGGCCGCAGGAAGUGCAAACCACAGAUGAAUUAUGACAAGCUGAGCCGGGCCCUCAGAUAUUACUACAAUAAGAGGAUCCUGCACAAGACCAAAGGCAAAAGGUUCACUUACAAGUUCAACUUCAGCAAGCUCAUCGUAGUCAACUACCCUCUGUGGGAGUUGCGGGCACCGCCAUCCCUCCACUUGCUGCUGGGAGCCCCUGCUCUGUUUCGACCAGCCCUGGUGCCCAUGGGUGUACAGAGUGAGCUCCUGCAUAGCAGGCUGUCCACCCACUGGGCCAUGGCAGAGCAGCUGGCUGGACAGCGGGCCCCUCAAGGACCACCAGGGGCCUCCAGGGACAAGAAGGGAAGCAGCAGCACUGUCCACCGACUUGGCUCUGCCCCAGCCCCCUGCCGGCUCAGCCCUUGCUGCCAUUUGGGGAGCCCCCAAGACGAGCUUCCCAGUUUUGCCUCCUUCAUCCCUCCCCUGCCACCCCCUGUCCCCUCUGACUGGCCCCACCUCUCAGGGCCUUUUUUGCCCCCUGUCCCCGCAGGGCAGCACUUCCUAGGGUCCUCCAUGCCGGACACCCUGCUCCCAGGACCCGCAGGGGCUGCAGGGACCCCAGAGGCCCAGCAUUUUCCUGGCCUUCCUCUGUUGGCCGGGCUGGCGCAGGGGGCUAGGGAGAGGCUCUGGCUCCCAAGCCUGAGGCCCGAGGGGCUGGAGGUAAAGCCUGAUCCCACGAUGGAUCCCAGAGAGGGCUUCUCCUCAGAGAGGCAGGAACCCUACAUUGUAGAGGAAAGUCCUGUGUCCCCCAAUCUGGAGAACUUCAAAGCAGUGUGGCCCUUGGAUCCUCCUGAAUGGGAGAGGAAGAUGUGAAGUGGGGGGGUGUCCCCCAAACUCUAUCUCACCUCUUAUCUACCUCCCUUCUGGCUUUGCUCCUUCCCCUGGCUGGAAACAGCUUUAAAUUGUAGAACGAUCUGAAGGAACGGAGUUGCACCCAAGGAGGUGGGGGGCAUCGCAGGGAAAAAGUGAAUGUGGGGAAGGGGAAAAUUGAGGCAGAGUGCCCCCUCCCACCAAAUUGCUAAUCAGAUUAAGGAGACAUUCUUAAUCUCAACUUUUUUUGAGGGAGAAAGGGAAUGAGGUUUCCAUAGGUUUCCAUCAUUUGAAAGACCCUAUACCUGCCCACAUGAGACGGGAAAUUAAGAGUCUAAGUUGGGGAAGGGUCAGGAGUUGUUUUGUUCUCCGAGUCUCAGGGCAACUCCUUUCUUCGCUGGGGCCCUUGUCCCUCAUCAGGCUAAGGUCUCCCCUCUCUCUCCUGCCCCUCCAUGCAGCUCUCUCCGAUCCCUCUGAUUUCUGCGACAUUGGGAGCUCCUGUCCCCUCUUUUCCCCAAGACCCAAGCAAGUGGAGUCAGGAGGGAUGGGCCUCCUCAGCUCUGUAAUACUUCACUGCAGACCAUGAAUAAAA